AUGGACUUUGAUCCAUCGUGGAGCCUUAAGGAGCUUGGAAGAUAUUGGUUGGGGUGGGAGCGCAGUAUGAACUUUGAAGAGCACACUGAAGAAGACGAAUUGGACAUCCUUCGCUGGGAGAUGUACGACUGUUUGGCCAAAGCCACACGAGAAAUGUACUAUUUCUCGAACCCGACGGUAUGGCUUGUAGAUCAUCGUCUUCGGCGCAAGAGCACCGUUGUCGACGAACACAUGACGGAAAUGGUUUUCGGGCGCGACUUCGGAUCGUGGCACAAGGAGCAGCUGGUCUUUCAUGCGGCAGGUUGCAGGUACUACGCCAUGCCUGAGCAUUAUGCCUCUCAAUUUUGUGGCUACGACGCGGAAGAUGAUCCCGGUUGCGACGAUGAUGUGUUUAGCUUCGUGAGUAAGCUGGAAGACAUGGGCGCUCGACAGGAGGCUUUGGAGAACGGGGGCGAUGACGAUGGGUCCGACGACGAGAAGGAAUAUUAUGCGACGACCCUAAGAAUUUUGGUAUGUGAAAGGGAUCAUACCUAA